GCCAAGCCUGUUGGAAGCUGGGCAGUGCUCAGUGAAGAUUCCGAUAUUCCUCCGACUGAAAAAUGGCCAAGCACAAGCCUUCUGGUAUCCGCUGCGCGCGUAAGCUGCGCGUGCACCGCCGCACGCAGCGCUGGGCUCAGAAGUCCUACAACAAGUCCCACUCGGUGACUGCCAUGAAGGCCAACCCGCUCGGUGGCUCCUCCAUGGCCAAGGGCAUUGUCCUUGAGAAGAUCGGCAUUGAGGCCAAGCAGCCGAACUCUGCCAUUCGUAAGUCGUGCCGUGUGCAGCUGAUCAAGAACUCCAAGAAGAUCGCCGCCUUCGUGCCGCGCGAUGGUUGCUUGAACUACGUGGACGAGAACGACGAGGUCCUGAUCUCGGGCUUCGGUCGCCGCGGCCACGCCGUCGGUGAUAUCCCCGGUGUGCGUUUCAAGGUCGUCAAGGUCUCGGGCGUGUCGCUGCUCGCUCUGUACAAGGAGAAGAAGGAGAAGCCGCGCUCGUAGAUUAUGUGCCCGUCGACAAGGGGGAUCUCGCCCGUGGUGGCGCCUGCAUCGGCUCGUGAGUGUGACCGACGCAGCCUCCAGCUGCUUUGGGUUGCUGAGCUCGUUCUUUGACAGGUUCAGCUACUGUUGGCUCUGCCCGCGGCAGUCCAUUUUUCCUAAUCACGGAUAAG